UUAUUCGCCAUAAUAAUCGUGUACGUUGGGGAAAAAAUGCUAUCAUUGAAGACACAUUGUGUGCAUUUUUUGGACGUUUAGAUACAUUUUAACAUAGGAGAAGAGUCCAUAGCUGCAUUUUGAGUGCAUAGGAUUAUUAUAAAAACAUUAUUUAGGUGUCACGGCGACGCUAUGUCCCCACACCCAGACAGGAGAAUCCGCUUUGAAUGCGUGAUAAACUGUUUACAGUUUAGUUUCGGUUUUGUCUUCGGGGUUUCCAUCGGUGGUUUGGCUCCAGCUCCGGGCUUCCUCAUCCGCCACCCGCGGCAAGCACAGUCUUUCUUCCGUGAAUUUUUUUCCAUCUCGCCUCUGCGAUCGUUGUGUGACAUUACAACAUUGGUUGAACUUUGGUCUGAUCCAUGUUGUUGUUGUUGUAUGAUUGCGGAAGCCUGAAGCUGCACUGCGUCUCGGUGACUGUACAGCUGCUGGAAACGAAACUUUGAAGACGCAGAGCGAUCGACCUCACGAUGUUCAACACUCUGCCGCCAAAUUGAGAAGAAGGGAUGGACAGUGAGAGAAGCGAUGGAGGAGGAGAGUCAGAGGUGGAGGAUGAGUUUGCGUGUGCCGGGAUGCUGCGUGGUUCUCUGACCUCCCUGCACGGCACGGUGGAGCGGAUAUUCAGGGUGACUUUUGGGAUCGGGACUGAUGAUAUGUCUCAUGACAACAACGGGCAGAUAUGGCUGAAACUACGAGGGCAGAGGAACGAUGUGAAAGCUGCCAAAUUAUUCGUGAAAGGACUUGUGAACCAGGAGGAGCAGCAGGAGGUUUCUUAUCCCGGGGUCCUUCACUGCAUCUUCUGUGGAGCCAGAGGGCUGUUCAUGGACUGCCUGACAAAAAGCACCUCUGCACAUAUAGUGGUUGGCUCGACAGGAUUCCUGCUUAUCUCAGGUCUGGCAGAGCCGGUAGUGCGAGCCUACUCCCUCAUUACAGACCUGGUGGAGCGGUAUGAGGGCACACAGUCCAGACGCUCUGACACUGGAGACAGAGUCCCAGGCGAGUCUCUAGAAUCACGGCGGGCGUUCAAAACUCUGGUGGAAAAAUGGGAGGACAAGCACAUCCUGGAUCUUCUUGUUUUGCCAGGAUCAGUGAAGGAAAUCCUGCUGGAUUUGGUAAAAGAUUCGGGGAUUGGAUCCAACCCCCGACCAGCACUGAUGGAUGGAAAUUCAGGGGCGAGAUCACUUGAGGAUUCAGGGGGUAGAUGGGACAAACCAUCCACAGUUACCUACACACUCCCUGAGCCUUCCAGGACUACUGAUCGGUGGGUUGAAGGGAUGACUGCAGGUUCGGGGAACAACUCUGCAGCCACAAACUCCUUUUUUGAGUUUUUGUCUUCAGGCGCCCAAGGGAGGGCAGAGGCCGCUGAGCAAAGACUUGUGCAUUCUCCACAGGAGGUAGGAGAGGAAGAGCAGCUGGAGCAAGCAGCGACACUGGGUACCACAGUAAGGGAGGGACGAGGGGAGGAGGGAGAAGAGAAGCUGCAGUUGGCCGGUGAAAACAAGGAGUUUUGGCUUCUUUUGAAGUUCUUCACAGCCAUGGGAUACACAGAGGAUGUCGUGAAACGAGUCCUUGCCCGAACGGGACCUAAAGAGGCCUCGCAGAUACUGGACGUAGUUCAACAAGAGCAGGAUCGCAGUGACCGGGAACAGUUAAAGAAAAUUCAGGAUGGUGUUGCCUUAAAUCAGAGUGAGAGGAACCGGCCUUGUGAGACGGAGCACAGAGAAGACGAGGAAAUGGAAGUAGGAGGAGAUGAGGCGAUAAGUAGUAAUGGAGAGAUGGGGGACAUUUGUGAGGGCGCGACAGGAAGCACGAGACACUGCGAGGGAAAAGGUAGUGCCGAGGAAAAAGAGGAAGGACAGGAGGAAGACUUUGUCCUGGGAGUGGUGAAGAAAGCGGCAGCCAGCUGUGGGUACAUGGAGCAGAAAGUGGCCAAAGUCUACAACAUGUUGCCCGAUGGAUCCACUCACCAGCUGCUCCUGGAGCUUCAGAGAGAGGAGAGCAAAGAGACGGACAACUUCAGGGAGGGGCCGAGAGAGAUGGAUGACGUGGUGCUGGAGAAAGAAGGACCAAAAGUUCGACCAUCUGAAGAAAAUGCGAGAAAAAAUGAGCGUUUCUUACCUGCAGAAAAGAGAAAAUCUGAUGAUAAAAGACGAGAAGAAGUGUUAGACCUAGCUGCACCUGACUUUAUUAAAUUCCACAAACUCACAAACUCACAAACUCAACAUCAAGUCAACCUGCCUGAAGUCAAAGGGCCACCAAGGCCUAUUUAUCCCCCAUCCCUGAAUCAUCCACUCACCAAACCCAACAAACAGUUUAACCAAACCAUCUACUGUCCGAAUCAGCCCACCUCAAAACCAACUCAUCCAAACCAAGACAAUGUCUUAAACCCAAAGUCUUCCUUAAAACAAGCGGUCCAAGCCCCUCAGCCCCCCAGAGGGAACGACUUGUCUCCCACCAGAGCGAGGGAAAGACGAGGUUUUAUGACAGCUUCUUCGGUGGUGGUGACAGGGGAGCAGCGUUUCCUGGAGGGUCUGCAGAUGCCCUUCGACCUUCAGCUAACAGACAAACCUGGCAACCCGAAACUGAGGACGAUUAUCAUCGAUGGGAGCAACGUGGCCAUGAGUCACGGGCUGGGUCACUUCUUCUCCUGUCGAGGAAUCGCUCUGGCCGUCCAGCACUUUUGGGACCGAGGUCAUCGUCACAUCAGCUGCCUGCUGCCACAGUGGAGACAGAAGAGCGACCCCAAAAUUAAAGAGCAGCACUAUCUGACUGAGCUGCAGAAGCUCGGCCUGCUCUCCUACACGCCCUCCAGAGAAGUCCAGGGCAAGAGGAUCAGCUCGUACGACGACAGAUUCAUGCUGCAGCUUGCACAGAGGACAGACGGAGUGAUUGUAACUAACGACAACCUGAGAGACCUUUCAGACGAGUCCCCCGUCUGGAGGGACAUCAUCAAAAAAAGACUUCUUCAGUACACAUUUGUGGGGGAUCACUUCAUGGUGCCAGACGACCCUCUGGGCAGAGGAGGGCCUCACCUGGAUGACUUCCUGCGCUCUGAGCACAGGACUCCAGAUCCAGGAAACCACUCUUUUGCCUGUGUUGCCACCACGUUCCCUUCCUCCAAACCUCCGCGCUCCCAAACAGAGGUGCUCAACUUUCGCGACCGAACACUGGGCGGAGCCUUAAACACAACAGCAGGUGGAGGGAACCGGGGUAAAGGGAGAGGACAUGGAAAGGGAUGGGACAUGGGAGCCCAGCAGUGGCAGCUUGGAGCUUCUGGACUGGUGUCUGGCGCAAACAGGGGCCCGGAGGAAACGGCCGGCCUGAGAGAGCAGCUCUGUCAGGUUUUUUCCGGGUCAGGACAACAUGGUGGCGCUGGUGCUGCAGUGCCACCCGGCAGAGACGGACAUAAACGUGCUGUCUGAUCUGAUGUUGCAGCAGUAGAACUGUACGUCUUUUAGUGUUUUUUUUCUGGGAUUAUUGAGGCUUUUCUAACCUUGAAUUUUCCCCUUGUUUGAUAUAAAAAUCACACUGAACCAUGCAUCUGAAUUAGCAAAGAUUGUAUCAAAAGAUGACGUAUCAGAUGAGUGGUGGAACUUUCUGCUGACUGUCCAAAACACAUAUAAUUUAAUUAUGAUCUUAUGCAUUGAAUAUAGGUUCUUUGUAUCACGCAUUCCCUUUCAUGUUUGCUGUGUCACUGUAAACUGUAAAUAACUGUUUAAAAAAAAACGACUACAGAUUGGAGUCUAUCUCGCAUCUUCUCUUCCUUCUCCCUAAGCAUCCUGUGUUGUCCUGUGCAAAUCUAUAAAAUGGGUUUUAAGAAGUGAUUUAAAAGAGGUCACUCUUAUCUCCUCGACCAGGUCGUUCCAAAAACAAAGGGCCCUAAAUGCAAAUGCAUGGUCCCCUUUAGAUUUAAGCCUCGACUUUAGAACGGCCAAAAGGGCCCCACCUGAGGAUCCAAGGCUGCAAACUGGCUUAUAUGGGGUCAGCAUUGGGGAGGCACAUGGUUAUUACUGAUUAUUGUUGUGAUAAUUUAUUUUAUCACCAGUUGUAGGAGUGGACAUCAUUUUGCAAUGCUCUAAUAACACUAAAUCAAUCCAUACAAUAUUCUGUACACUUGAUCUUAUACAUACAUACAUACAUAUAUAUAUAUAUAUUGUAAAAGCCCAACUAGUGACUAAACUUAAAAAUUCCACAUAUAAACUCUGUGAAAUAAGUCAGUUUCAUGCUCACUAUUGGGACUGUGUUGAAUUUCUGUGACCCCAUUAAAUUUAUAAA